ACUGUCAAAACGUUACGGAAUUUUCGGUGUUUUGGUUUGUGGAAACGUGCCGAUUGAUCAAAAUGCCGGAGGCUCCUGCCCGUAAUCCACUCGAAAGCUUUCUGAAUGCCGUACAGGCAACCAUCGAUUCGCCCGUAACAUGGUUCCGCGAGAAAAUUGUGGAACCUAACCGGCAAACGUAUCCUUGGUAUCACCAGAAGUUCCGCCGUGUGCCGACCAUCGACCAAUGUUACACCGAUGAUGCGGUGUGCAUUUUCGAGGCAAACCAACAAUUUAGACGCGACAAGAUGGUCGACAAUGAAAUCCUCACCAUCUUGCGCCAACGUUUCGAGGACUGUGUGCUGUACGAACAGCCUGACCACGAGCGCAAGUGCCGUUCGCUGCUCGACACGUACGAGAAGGCGUCCGAGAAUUGGUUUAUCAAGUAUGGAGAUCUCGGUGGUUACGCAAAUGCGAAGACGGCCUACAUGAAGCAGAAGCAUCGCAUGAUCUGGGAAAGACGACAUGGACCGGUUGGUAGCGGUAUGAAAACGGUCGAUGGAGACGAUGAUGGUGCCAGCGGACAUUAGAAAUAUUGCGACAGGGCUACAAGAAAGCGGUUAACGAUCGUUCAAUAAUUAAUUCCGCUUCAGGAACACGUCGUCGGUGUAGUAGUGGAAAAUCUUGAGACGAUAGUUUGUCGUCGCGCUUACAAUUUGUCGAAUUGUCGAGUGUAAAUAUAACAGCAACGCGUAAACACACAAAAAAAACAACUCAAAAUAGGAUGGCACAAACGUGAUUUUAAAAAAUAUUGAGAAGAGAAUUCCCCAAAAUGAUCAUGCGGCGUUCUCGCAUACGAUACAUUGCGUACAAUGUUCAGUGAAGAGUGUUGCAUGCAACAGUACAUGGUGGAAAGUUUAGGUUGUUCAAAUAUUUUUGUAGGAAAAUGAAUUGUUGCACUGUCUCACAA